AGGGCUUUGACUACUGUUGAAAUGUCCAUCAGCCCAAACUAAAUUUUAUCAAACGGGCCUUCUACCCGUAUUCAGAUCUUUACAAGUCCCAAAGGAACCCGGUUCAUUUAUCCAAACGGUCACGGACUCCCGAACAUAAUAAAGAAGAGAAGCAGUCUUUGAAACAGAGAGAAGCAGUCUUUGAGCGGGUGGCAAACUUCUCGAAAGUCGCGGUAGAAGGUAAAAUCAUCCAUUUCCCUCUUUCCUUCAUCGAAUUCGGGUUUUGUUUUCUGGAUCGAUUUUUUUUUUCCCCAAAGUUUCUGGAUCUAAUUUUAUUAGUAGUUUAUAACCUGUGGUAUACUAUUCGGAACAAUUUCGGCAAGGAUCCACAGAGCUCAAUUAAAUCAGCUAUUUGUUUAUUUUCCUCUGAUUUUUCUUUUUAUUUUUUGUUUUGCUUGGAUUGAAGGAAAGAAGAAGAAUCGAUAUAACUUCCGGUGGAUCUGAACCUAAAGCCGACGAAACGUUGGGGACCAUGGCUUCUCGGAAUACCCGUUCGCGGACCACUGCCCGUCCUGCAAGAACAUACGAACCCGAAUUGCGCACCUUUGAGAAGGGAAGCACAGCAAUUGGCCAUGUAUAUAGCGAAUUGGGCGUUGUGAUAGCUGUUGAUCAUUUAAGAUUGUCAUCUGAUGUAUUUCCCGAAAACGUUUUGAAACUCAAUUCGUACUUGCUUGCUGCUAUUUCUGGUGGCAGCGAUGAAUCACGGAACUUUUUGCUCAAUGAUCUGCCGAACAAGUGUCACGAAUUUGAACUCGAGGAGGGGAGAAAAGCUUCCGCGGCUGAAGCAUCGGAGUGGUUGGCUGACUUUCUGUCGCUUCAUCCUGACAGUGACCUGGGCUUGUCACUAGGAGUACUAAUUGCUGGAUGGGAUGCCCAAUUGGGGCCUUCCUUGUAUAAAGUGGACGGUAAGGGGAAUGUGGAGCAAAAAUCCUUACUUGGAACUGGAUCUGGCUCUCUGGGUAGAGUGGUAAUUACUGAGAGGGCUGGUCAACUCAGUAUUUCCCCGGCUGCAGCUGUGGAUUUUGCCAAACGUGCACUUUGUAGCGGUGUGUAUUAUUGCCCUGAACAGAGUGAAUGUGUCAGUGUUUUUCAUGUUGGAAGUGCUGGGGUUGAAGCGGUGCUCUCUAAUGAUGACAUUGAAGAAUUUCAGAAGGAGGGCUUCAGGAAAAUUGGAAGAGAGUGGAAGAGCCCGAGCUCCAGAAUAUUUUACGCCAACCAUUCGAUUUGUUAGGAGAAUGGGUAGAGCCCUCUGAUGAUAAAACUGAAGACUGGUGCGAUGACUUGUUUCUUUUGUGUGUGUUUUAAGUUAUGCCUCUUGUGGACGAGGGAUUUGUAUAUUCAGUUGACUACUUAAGUCUCUGUGGGUGGAUAUACUGCUUCUAGUUUAUUUUAGCUAUCUAAGACCUAUAUGUAUGUGUACUUCCGAUUUGUGUGUUUAGGGAAUUUUUAAUGCCGUGUCUCGUUUGAAAUAUUUUAAGAUUUUGGCCAAUUUGUUUAUUUAUAUAUUUUUUUCCCUUUGAUUACAAAUUGGUGAAUGGGUUCGAAACAUCAUUUUAGAUGCGGG